CAGAUCCCAUCUAUACCCCAUGGUUCUUGAAGCGUCCCCAGCAUCCUCUACGGAAUAAGAGAAAAGGAAUUACCGCAGGACUACACCAUAGUGAAGAAGACAUCUGGUGACCGUGAGACCCCCAGCAACAAUCCUCGUGUUGCAGGUGGACUAAGCAGGACCUAGAGCCCCAUCACGGUGCCUCCACCUCACUCACUGACACACUGAUACAUAAGAGACACAAUGACCAGAAGAUACUGGAACUCACCAACAAGAUCAUUCAGCUGCUGACUGGAGAGGAGGAGGAGUAUGUAGAGGAACACAGGGGUCUGUACAAGGACGUGAUGAUGGAGAAUCACCGGACCCUCACAUUACUGGAUGUGCCCAGUAACAGAGAUACCCCCAAAGAGAUGUCCCCGUCCUCUGUAUUCCCAGGAUUGUACAGAGGAGAAUCACAGGAUCCCACAGGAGGAUCAGGUAGAACGUCUGUCUGAUAUUAAAACAGAAGAUACAGAGGGAGAAGAAGAGACGUAUAUGACUGAUAUAAUGGCAGAAGAUAUAGAGGGAGAAGAAGAGACGUAUGUGACUGAUAUAAAGGCAGAAGAUACAGAGGGAGAAGAAAAGACGUAUGUGACUGAUAUAAAGGCAGAAGAUAUAGAGGGAGAAGAAGAGACGUAUGUGACUGAUAUAAAGGCAGAAGAUAUAGAGGGAGAAGAAGAGACGUAUGUGACUGAUAUAAAGGCAGAAGAUAUAGAGGGAGAAGAAGAGACGUAUGUGACUGAUAUAAAGGCAGAGGAUAUAGAGGGAGAAGAAGAGACGUAUGUGACUGAUAUAAAGGCAGAAGAUAUAGAGGGAGAAGAAGAGAUGUAUGUGACUGAUAUGAAGGCAGAAGAUAUAGAGGGAGAAGAAGAGACGUAUGUGACUGAUAUAAAGGCAGAAGAUAUAGAGGGAGAAGAAGAGAUGUAUGUGAGGGGUGAUCAGCAGUGUAAGGAGGAGGAAAUCCCUACAGAUAUCAGCACAGCAGGUGGACACACAAGCAGGAAUAUCUCAGAAGGACAUCUAAUGUUAUCCCCGGAUUGUGACAUAAAAGAUAAUGACAGUAGACAGAAUUCUCCAGGAGAUAAUCCCAUUACCCCAAUUAUACAUCCAGCUCUAUCAGCUGGUCCACCUGAUCCUGGGAAAUGUUCUCCUGAUCACUCUGAUAUUGGUGCAUCUGUUACAGCUCUGAGAGUAGAUACAGUGUUUCCCUGUUCUAUAGAUGCCAAAUGUUUUACACAGAACACAAAGCCUAUUACCCAUCAGCCAGCUAAAGCAGCUGAGAUGCCAUUUCCAUGCUCUGAGUGUGGGAAAUGUUUUACAUACAAAUCAGCUGUUGUUAUACAUCAGAGAAGACACACAGGUGAGAGGCCAUUUUCUUGCUCUGUGUGCGGGAAAUGUUUUACCCGGAACUCACAACUUGUUACACAUCAGCGAAGUCACACAGGUGAGAAUCCAUUUCCAUGUUCUGAGUGCGGGAACUGUUUUACAUACAAAUCACUUCUAAUACAUAAGAGAAUACAUACAAGUGAGAAACCAUAUUCCUGUUCUGAGUGUUGGAAAUGUUUUACAUACAAAUCAACUCUUGAUGCACAUAAGAGAAGUCACACAGGUACAUCACCAUUUCCAUGUUCUAAGUGUGGGAAACAUUUUGCACAGAAAUCACAACUUGCUAGACAUCAGAGAAGUCACACAGGUGAGAGGCCAUUUCCAUGUUCUGACUGUGGAAAAUGUUUUAUCUGGAAAUCACAACUUGUUAGACAUCAGCUAAGUCACACAGGUGAGAAGCCAUUUCCAUGUUCUGAGUGUGGGAAAUGUUUUGCCCGGAAAUCACAACUUGUUAGACAUCAGCUAAGUCACACAGGUGAGAGGCCAUUUUCUUGCUCUGAGUGUGGGAAAUGUUUUACACAGAAAUCAUAUCUUGUUAUACAUCACAGAAGUCACACAGGUGAGAAGCCAUUUCCAUGUUCUGAGUGUGGGAAAUGUUUUGCAGACAAAAUAGAGCUUGUUAGACAUCAGAGAAGUCACACAGGUGAGAAGCCAUUUUCUUGCUCUGAGUGUGAGAAAUGUUUUUCACGGAAAUCACAACUUGUUAGACAUCAACUAAGUCACACAGGUGAGAGGCCAUUUCCAUGUUCUGAGUGUGGGAAAUGUUUUGACCGGAAAUCAGAUCUUGUUAAACAUCAGAGAAGUCACACAGGUGAGAAGCCAUUUUCUUGCUCUGAGUGUGGGAAAUGUUUUACACAGAAAUCACAUCUUGUUAUACAUCAGAGAAGUCACACAGGUGAGAAGCCAUUUCCAUGUUCUGAGUGUGGGAAAUGUUUUGCAGACAAACCAGAUCUUGUUAGACAUCAGAGAAGUCACACAGGUGAGAAGCCAUUUUCUUGCUCUGAGUGUGGGAAAUGUUUUGCCCGGAAAUCACAACUUGUUAGACAUCAGCUAAGUCACACAGGUGAGAAACCAUUUCUAUGUUCUGAGUGUGGGAAAUGUUUUGCACACAAAUCAGAUCUUGUUAUACAUCACAGAAGUCACACAGGUGAGAAGCCAUUUCCAUGUUCUGAGUGUGGGAAAUGUUUUAGACAGAAAUCACAUCUUGUUACACACCAGAGAAGUCACAUAGGUGAGAAGCCAUUUCGUCUGUCUGAUAUUAAAACAGAUGAAAUAGAGGGAGAAGAGGAAAUGUAUGUGACUGAUAUAAAGGCAGAAUAUAUAGAGGGAGAAGAAGAGACGUAUGUGACUGAUAUAAAGGCAGAAGAUAUAGAGGGAGAAGAAGAGACGUAUGUGACUGAUAUAAAGGCAGAAGAUAUAGAGGGAGAAGAAGAGACGCAUGUGACUGAUAUAAAGGCAGACGAUAUAGAGGGAGAAGAAGAGACGUAUGUGACUGAUAUAAAGGCAGAAGAUAUAGAGGGAGAAGAAGAGACGUAUGUGACUGAUAUAAAGGCAGAAGAUAUAGAGGGAGAAGAAGAGACGUAUGUGAGGGGUGAUCAGCAGUGUAAGGAGGAGGAGAUCCCUACAGAUAUCAGCACAGCAGAUGGACACACAAGCAGGAAUAUCUCAGAAGGACAUCUAAUGUUAUCCCCGGAUUGUGACAUAAAAGAUAAUGACCGAAGACAGGAUUCUCCAGGAGAUAACCCCAUUACCCCAAUUAUACAUCCAGCUCUAUCAGCUGAUCCCUCUGAUCCUGGGAAAUGUUCUCCUGAUCACUCUGAUAUUGGUGUAUCUGUUACAGCACUGCCAGUAGAUACAGUGUUUCCGUGUUCUAUAGAUGCCAAAUGUUUUACACAGAACACAAAGCUUAUUACCCAACAGCCAGCUAAGGCAGGGGAGAGGCCAUUUCAAUGUUCUGAGUGUGGGAAAUGUUUUACAUACAAAUCAGCUCUUGUUACACAUCAGAGAACACACACAGGUGAGAAGCCAUUUCCAUGUUCUGACUGUGGAAAAUGUUUUGCAUGGAAAUCACAACUUGUUACACAUCAGCAAAGUCACACAGGUGAGAAACCAUUUCCAUGUUCUGAGUGUGGGAAAUGUUUUACAUGGAAAUCACAACUUGUUACACAUCAGCAAAGUCACACAGGUGAGAAACCAUUUCCAUGUUCUGAGUGUGGGAAAUGUUUUACAUGGAAAUCACAACUUGUUACACAUCAGCAAAGUCACACAGGUGAGAAGCCAUUUCCAUGCUCUGAGUGUGGGAAGGGUUUUGUACAGAAAUCAGAUCUUGUUAAACAUCAGAGAAGUCACACAGGUGAGAAGCCUUUUUCUUGCUCUGAGUGUGGGAAAUGUUUUACACGGAAAUCACAACUUGUUACACAUCAGCAAAGUCACACAGGUGAGAAUCCAUUUCCAUGCUCUGAGUGUGGGAAAGGUAUUGCACAGAAAUCAGAUCUUGUUAAACAUCAGCGAAGUCACACAGGUGAGAAUCCAUUUCCAUGCUCUGAGUGUGGGAAAGGUUUUGCACACACAUCAGCUCUGCUUAUACAUCACAGAAGUCACACUGGUGAGAAGCCAUUUCCAUGUUCUGAGUGUGGGAAAUGCUUUGCACAAAAAUCAGAUCUUGUUAAACAUCAGAGAAGUCACACAGGUGAGAAGCCUUUUUCUUGCUCUGAGUGUGGGAAAUGUUUUACACGGAAAUCACAACUUGUUAUACAUCAGAGAAGUCACACAGAUGAGAAUCCAUUUACAUUCCCUGAAUGUGGGAAAUGUUUUGUACACAAAUCAGAUCUUAUUAGUCACAACAGAAGUCACACAGGUGAGAGUCCAAUUACUUGCUCUGAGUGUGGGAAAUGUUUUACAUGGAAAUCACAACUUGUUAUACAUCAGAGAAGUCACACAGGUGAGAAGCCAUUUCCAUGUUCUGAGUGUGGGAAAUGUUUUGCAUACAAAUCAGAUCUUGUUAAACAUCAGAGAAGUCACACAGGUGCAAAGCCAUUUUCUUGCUCUGAGUGUGGGAAAUGUUUUACACAGAAAUUACAUCUUGUUAGACAUCAGAGAAGUCACACAGGUGAGAAUCCAUUUCCAUGCUCUGAGUGUGGGAAAUGUUUUUCACACAAAUCAGCUCUUGUUACACAUCACAGAAGUCACACAGGUGAGAAGCCUUUUUCUUGCUCAGAGUGUGGGAAAUGUUUUACACGGAAAUCACAACUUGUUAUACAUCACAGAAGUCACACAGGUGAGAAGCCAUUUCCAUGUUCUGAGUGUGGGAAAUGUUUUGCACAAAAAUCAGAUCUUGUUAAACAUCAGAGAAUUCACACAGGUGAGAAGCCAUUUCCAUGUUCUGAGUGUGGGAAAUGUUUUACACGGAAAUCACAACUUGUUACACAUCAGAGAAGUCACACAGGUGAGAGGCCAUUUCCAUGUUCUGAGUGUGGGAAAUGUUUUGCACACACAUCAGAUCUUGUUAGACAUCAGAGAAGUCACACAGGUGAGAAGCCAUUUUCUUGCUCUGAGUGUGGGAAAUGUUUUAUCCAGAAAUCACAUCUUGUUCUACAUCACAGAAGUCACACAGGUGAGAAGCCAUAUCCAUGUUCUGAGUGUGGGAAAUGUUUUGCGCACACAUCAGAUCUUGUUAUACAUAAGAGAAGUCACACAGGUGAGAGGCCGUUUUCUUGCUCUGAGUGUGGGAAAUGUUUUAUACAGAAAUCACAUCUUGUUAUACAUCAAAGAAGUCACACAGGUGAGAAGCCAUUUCCAUGUUAUGAGUGUGGGAAAUGUUUUAUAUACAAAUCACAUCUUGUUAUACAUCAGAAAAUUCAUACAGGUGAGAAACCAUUUCCAUGUUCUGAGUGUGGGAAAGGUUUUACAAACAAAUCGCAUCUUGUUAGACAUCAGAGAAGUCAUACAGGUGAGAAGCCAUUUCCAUGUUCUGAGUGUGGGAAAUGUUUUGCAUUGAAAUCAAAUCUUGUUACACAUCAGCAAAGUCACACAGGUGAGAAGCCAUUUCCAUGUUCUGAGUGUGGGAAAUGUUUUGCACAAAAAUCAGAUCUUGUUAUACAUAAGCGAAGUCACAGGUGAGAAGCCAUUUCCAUGUUUUGAGUGUGGGAAAUGUAUUGCACACAAAUCAGAUCUCAUUAAACAUGAGAGAAGUCACAGGUGAGAAGCCGUUUUCUUGCUCUGAGUGUGGAAAAUAUUUUACAUGGAAAUUAAAGCUUUUUACAUAUCGGAGAACUCACACAGGUGAGAGGCCAUUUUAUUGCUAUGAGUGCAAAAUGUUUUACACGGAAAUCACAACGUGUUACACAUCAGCGAAGUCACACAGGUGAGAAGCCAUUUACACUCUGAGAAAUAAAUCAGCACAAUAGACAA